AUGAUCAUAAAGAGUCUGUUCAGGAGAGAUGAAAGGUGGAAUCCAGUACAUCCAACUUACGGGGCCUUUUGGGGCGUAGGAGUAGGUAUUGGUUGCGGAGUUGGAUGGGGUCCUGGCUUUGGCCAUGAGGUGAUUGGUAAUGUUGGAUCUGGCUGUGGUGCUGGAUUUAGUGUUGGCAUCACUUUCCUUGGUGUCGGCAUUGGUAUUCCAGCCAAUUACUUCUUCACAGUCCCUUACAGUGCUUUUAUGGUUACAAGAAGAGGUGCACUGGAAGUUGCUCGGUUUAGUGGUCUACUUGGCAUGACAAAUGGGCCUGGAGAUGGCUGGAGUAACAUUGGAUCACACAUCUCUAGCAUGCGACGAACUACAAGAACAUCGUUUUCUAGCUUCAACGAAAAUUGCCUGGACAUGAAAGCCGUGUUAAUUUCCCCUGCUAAACCUAUCAAGGAUUAUUUAGAAAGAGUCAGCUGGUGCUUCUUUCAUUCCGACAGAGGUAUUCAAACUUGA